AUGCCUCUACUGUGCUGUGCUGUGCUGUGCUGUGCCAUCCAUGGAUUCAUCCUUGCGAGGUUAACUGCAAGCCAUUUUCUUACAGUGAAUGUGUGCUUACUUGGUAUGGGCUUUGACCAAUCACGUAAUCGUUUCUACUGCAAACAGUCAAAUCCUUCGAUUUCGGAUUUUGACGAGUCCAAUGGAGGAUCAGAGACUGCAUUUUUCUUGAAUGACUCAAGUGAAAAUACUUGA